UCCUCCUCCUUUUCCCCAUCGGCAAGUCUCCUCGGGACGAGCACGAGGCAGAUGACGCUUGCUAUAUAGCUGCCUACCCCGCACCGUCCCUCGCCCUCCCUUGUUAGUUCCCCUCACUCCAACGCCACCGCGCGCGGUUCCUUCUCCGUUCAUCUUCUUCCUCCCCUCAUCAGUUCCUCGCAUUGCCGGGGCUAAACCAAGAUGCCGACCAUCAAAAUCAAGGUGGACCUGGACUGCAGCCGCUGCCACCGCAAGAUCGAGAGGGUGCUCGACAGGAUCAGAGAGAAGGGCGAGUUCGUGAUCGACGACAUCGAGUACGACGAGAAGAACAACAUCGUCAUCGUCAAGGGGCCCUUCGACGCCGACCGCCUCGCCGACAAGCUCUGCUGCAAGGCCUGCAAGAUCAUCAAGCAGAUCGAGAUCGUCGAGCCACCGCCGCCCCCGCCGCCGGAGCCGGAGCCCGAGCCGCCAAAGAAGGAGGAACCCGCGCCGCCGCCGCCUGAGCCGGUCGUCGAGCAGCCGCCGCCGCCCGCGGUCGUGGAGCCCGAGCCUCCGGCACCGGAGCCCGUAUGCGAGCCUGAGCCGCCGAAGAAGGAGGAGCCCGCGCCCCCGCCGCCGGAGCCGGAGGUGAAGCCACCUCCACCGGCGCCGACCAAGGUCGUGGAGGUGCCGUACCCCUGGCCAUAUCCCUACCCGUACCCGAUGUGGCCGUCCGACUGCUGCUGCCACCACGGCCACGGCGGCUGCCACUGCUGCUCCUGCAAGGAUGAGCCCGCUCCCGCGCCGGCGCCCGUGGCCCCGCCGCCGCAGUACAACAUCUACCCGCAGUACCCCCAGUACCCUCAGCCGGCGUACCCGUGCGGCGGCUACAAGAUCGUCUGCGAGGAGGACCCCAACUACGCCUGCUCCAUCAUGUGAUUCCAUGAUCAGCGCGUGUCCCGUUCAUCCGCCCGCCCCAAAUUCGAUCAUCCCGUCAGUAUAAGCACCGUACAGACAGAUAUAUAUUACAGCGUACAUGUACAGACUCUCCGCGUACAUGCAUAUAUGCGCGCCAUACACCUCGCCCUAUAUGGGUAUAUCCCCCGUUUAAUUUUCCCUGUGAUUAGAAGCCAAAAUAAGCAAUACAUUCGUGCAUGUAUUUACUAUCAGUAGUAGAGAGAUCAAGGAGGAACCAUGACAAGUGAUGUGGUCUCACUGUGAGAGCUUCACUUUAUUCAAAUCAUGCUGCCGUGACAUUUCAUUA